AUGUGGUGAUAGCGUGAGGGUACGUUUCCCUCCUGUGGCACACAGGCUUAAGCGCAGCAGUAACAACCGCGGGACGCGCAACAACUUGAGGGAAGCGCCUGACAGCCGGCAGAACAACAACAACAACAAAAAAAAGACAAGUUACGAGGCCUCAAACCCAGCCGUUUCGACCCAAAAGACCCCGGCCCCGCCCGCCGAAGCGGUGACACCACAGCCAGCGCCUCACACGGCCGCCGGGGGCGGGCGCCGGCGUCGCGUCCGUGCUGCGUUUGUAAAGGGCGCCGGUGCCGGUGUGGGUGUGGGUGGUGGUGUGCCCUCAGCUCGUCCCGGCUCGGCUCUGCUCGGCUCGGCUCGGCUCGUCCCGGCCCCCCGUGCCGCCAUGCGGCUUCUGCCCUGGCUCAUCGUGCAUCUCGGCGCGGGCUCCGCCGCCUACGUGGUGUCGGUGGAUGUCCGGCGAGCCGGGCGGCCCCUGGAGCACUUUUGGCGGAGCACGGGUUUUUGCCCUCCUUUACCUCACAGCCGUGCUGAUCUCUUUGACCUGAGCAAAGAUCAAGAGCUGAACCUUGCAUACAUUUCUUCUGUUCCUCAUGGCGGCAUUGAACAAGUUCGAAUUCACUGGUUACUGGAAUUGGUUGCUGUCAGAGUGAUGAAUGAGAAACUUCACUACAAUUUUACUGCCUUGGAUAACCUUAUGGAUCUCCUGUGGGAAAAUAAGUUAAUUCCAGGAUUUGAAUUGAUGGGAAAUCCAUCAGGAUACUUUUUAAAUUUUGAAGAUAAAGAGCAGGCAGUAAGAUGGAGAAAUUUAAUUACACUUCUGGCCAGGAGAUAUAUAGAUAGAUACGGAUUGGAGCAUGUUGCUAAAUGGAAUUUUGAAACUUGGAAUGAACCAGACCACCAUGACUUUGACAAUGUGUCUAUGACAGUGGAAGGGUUCCUCAACUAUUAUGAUGCCUGCUCAGAAGGAUUAAGAGCAGCCAGUCCUCUACUAAAAUUUGGAGGGCCUGGAGAUUCCUUCCACCUUUUUCCCAAGUCACCCAUAUGCUGGAGUCUUCUGCGUCAUUGCUACAAUGGAACCAACUUCUUCACAGGCGAGACUGGUGUAAGGCUGGACUACAUCUCUCUUCAUAAGAAGGGAGGUGGGCGUUCUCUCUACAUCUUGGAACAAGAAGUGGAAGCAGUUGAACAAAUUCAGAAGUUGUUUCCAAAUUUUGCUUCUGUUCCCAUAUACAAUGAUGAAGCAGAUCCUAUGGUUGGAUGGUCCAUCCCACAGCCGUGGCGAGCUGAUGUGACAUAUGCAGCUAUGGUUGUAAAGGUAAUCAUCCAGCAUCAAAACCUGCUUAUUGCCAAAGCCAACAACACCAUCAACUAUACACUACUGAGUAAUGACAAUGCCUUCUUGAGCUACUACCCCCAUAACUUCACACAGCGGACUCUGACAGCACGUUUCCAGAUGAACAAUACAAAGCCACCUCAUGUCCAGAUGGUGCGGAAACCAGUGCUGACUGUCAUGGGCUUGCUGGCACUGCUAGGAGAAAAACAGAUCUUUGCAGAAGUAAAGAGCAGUGAAGGCGAAAGCACUGAAAACGACACAGUUGGUGUCCUGGCAUCUGUGCACACCCCAAGUGAGCUGCAGCCCUCUGACAGUUGGCAAGCUACUCUACUGAUUUAUUCAAGUGAAGAUAACAGGACUUCAUCCAAUAUCAGCACUGUCACAGUGAAUGCCACCCACUUCCCCAAACUUAGAGAGCCAGUGUAUAUGACGUAUUACCUGGAUAACAACCAAACCAAUCCCUACCUGAAGUGGAAGGAGGUAGGAAGCCCUGACUUUCCAUCCCCAGAGCAGUUCCAGCAAAUCAGGGAUGCUGAGGACCCAGUGGCAACAGGCCCCUUCACUUUUCCUGAAGGAGGCAUCCUGACACUGAAGCAAGACUUCCCCGUUCCCUCAGUCUUUCUCAUCCACAUCUGUGCAAGACCCAGUUCUGUUCCUGAUCAAGUGACUGGUGUUCGUUUCAUCCCUCUCACAAAAGGACAGGUUGUUGUGUUGUGGGACGAUGGUUGUGUAAAUUCAAAAUGUAUAAAGACAUUUGAAGUGCAGUUCUCACCAGAUGGAAAAGCCUACCAGCGGAUUAAUGCCAAAGACACAGUAUUCACUCUCUGGGUCUACGGUCCAGGAAGCUCAGUCUCCGGCUUUUACAAAGUGCGUGCCAUUGACUACUGGGGGAAGGCAGGCCUGUCCUCCGUUCCUGUGGAGUAUGUUGAAGCUUUCAAGUGACUCUGAAGAGUGGUGCCUGGUUUGUUGACUGAGUGGUGUAUGCUCCCUGCAGAUGACAACUCCCCAGAAAAGUAAACUCCUCCCAAGCUUAGGAGGGAGUAUUGAAAGGACCUGAUGAAGCAAGUUGGGAAUGCAAGUUGGAAGCAACUGCCCCCGUUAACUCUUCAGAGCUCAAAGUCAGCAUUAUCAAACAGCCACAACUGACAACCCAGCUUGUACAAUUAUAGGACUGGGAUUUGUUUUUCUAACUAGGAAUUAUGGAAAUAAAUUUUUGUUAUUCUCUAUUUUACACUGAGCUAAUGCCCAGGACAACCUAAGAUUUACUAAGCCUUAAUCUGCUGCAGGAGCUGUAUCAUCUCUGUGCUGUAUGAAUGAGGAUGGCAGCAAAGGCACAAGGAGGACCUGUCUGAGAGUGAAUUGCCUGUUUCAGCUGCGUGGCUGCCUUGACGUAACAGAGUGAUGGAAGGGCACAAAGCAACUGGACAGCCACAUCCAGAUCAUGAAGUGAAGGGUCUCUUUUUCCCCACCAGUUAAUCAUAGAUGGUCCAGUGGAUUAUUUCAGAGCACUUCCCCUGUCUUCAGAUGUAUGAGGUUCUUCACCCUCUCACAGAGGGAUUUCCAUGCAGCUGUUUUUGCAUCUGUGGCUGUUACUUGCAUUCCAGAGCUAUUCCCAUCACACAAACAGAAGGAGACACAAGAAGCUCUGGUCUCCAGACCAGAUUGCCUCUUACACUCUGUGCUUUUUUCCAAGUCACCUGCUUGCACUGUGGAGGCCUGUGUGGUUGUACAAGCCUGUCAGCCACUGCCUUUUAAUGGUGAAGGCUCUAGCCCUCAAAACCUCUCUUUCUCUCUAUUGCUAUCACCUAGCCUAGCUUUCUAUAGCCCUUCAGGUGACGUCUCUCCCCAACAUGCUUCCUUUCUGGAGUUUCAUGCUUAGACUGUAAGGGAGCUGAGGCUUGGCUUUGGAUGGCCAGGAAAGUUAAAUUCUAGUUAGUGCCUUUUGUGUUUUCAUAUUACACCCCAGCACAUGCUUGCAUUUAACUACUACCAGCUGGGAAACUAAUCAAGAGCUGUUUGAAUUUCUGUGUUUCUUGAAGCAUGUGCACAAGUGUGUCACUGCCUCAGAUGAGCUACAGAACACCUCUGGCUGUCCUUGCAAAUGCCAAACACUUUAUGUAACAGCAAAGUUCCCUGAAAUUGCAGGGAUGUUUUUUUAUUCAUCCCGCUUCACAACUGGCGCAGUUUGAACUGUGCCUUUAAAAUGCUUGUAGAAGGAAGGAUAAUGCCAGUGAAAACAGCUGGAGUGUUUUCCAUAAGAGGAGCAACUUUGUCACAUAAACAAGUCCCCUACUGCUCUCUUUGCUGACAUCAGCCACCUAACCAGCAUAACAACAAAGCCUGCAUAUUUGAUGAAACAUUCAGGUCACAGACAAAAAAAAUAAGUUCGCACAGUAGGAGAGAGCUAAACUGCUUUGAAUGGCUUCACAUUUACAGCACAGAAAAGAAACAUAUAGAAAAAGUUGGUGUAUGUCAGAUGAAGCUUCAUAUCUCCUUACUUUCUAGUUACUUGUUCAUGUGCUUAUAUUGAAAGUUAGCCUUAAAGAUGCAUCUGGUCUCAGAAAUCAGAUGAAAUAUUUCUUGCCUCACUGAAGUUUUACUAAGGAGUGAUUGUCACAUCCUAAUCUGCCAACUCCUUACCUGUAAAGGUUUGUAUAGUACAGAAAAAGGACAUCAGAGCCUAACUGAUAACUUUCCCAGUUUCAGAAAAGAGUUAGUGAGAAAUUCCACCUAGAUGAAGAUAGUAAAAUUUUAUUUUAAAGUUGUUAUAACUACAUCUAAGUGAUAAAUCAGGAAAUACAGCCAAAUAAAUGCAGCAGCUAAGACAUACUGUUUUUCCAGUAUGAAGAGGAACCACACAGAAAACAACCCUUAGAAAUAAUCAAGUGUUGGUCUGUAAGAGAUUUCAGUGCAUCUGAAGUAGGGGAGGAUACGGAAGCUUGACAGGACAGUUAACUCUGUUAGGAUGUCAUAUUUGCAUAGUCUUCUGCUUCACAAUCUUCCCACGCUGGUUAGCAGAAUGUAGUAGUAGUUUUCAAACCAAGGACCAUGCACUACUUACAGAAAUUUUAUCUGCAAGGGCAGACCUAAGCAUAUUGUAGAUGCAAAUAAAAACUAGGCUCUUAGGAUGCAGUCCAGCCACUUUGAAAAUCUGUCAAUAGCUCCCUCUUCUAGGGUUUCUACAUUAAGCAUCAGCCAAAGGGUGGACGCCACGGUGCUUUUUUCAGGUAUUUUGCUGGCAAUGGCAAAUGUGCAUGGAAAAUAGAGCUGACCAAAAAUGGUGCACUGGCUGUUCAGAAACAUGAUCUGAAUAUUCAGCAAGAUUUAUUUACGUUUUCUUUGCUGCUUUGGUAUGAAUUUACUACCUUAAGCAAAGAGCAAGUCUAAAAAUCUUCAGCAGAAGAGAGAAUUUGGUGUUUCUAAGCUGGAGAUUGUUUCCAACCAACAACAUAUAGAAGUUUUGGGCCUCUCUGGUCUUUUCUGUAACAUAAGGCCUACAAAAUUUCCUACUUAGUACUUGAAACUUGAGUUUUCUAUAGCCAUCUGUCAACUGAUUCUGCCUCAGAGAGCUUUCAACAUUGCUUGCUUAAUCCUUCAACUCUACCAUCUUCUCCUUUACUGGGGCAGCAAUCAGCUCCCCCUCACACAUUCAGCUUUUAGAAGUGCUGGAUGUGCCUAGCAGUAAGUGGAAGUAACACGUGUUUGGUGGUUCUGUACAACCAGAACAAAGGCAAGACUGCAGAGCACUCAGGUGUGUCUCUUGCUGACCAACCAAUAAAAGAAACUGUAACUGCAACUGCAAAA